AUGUCACGAAAGAGGUUCCACCAGAUUUUGCGUGCGAUGAGGUUUGACGACAAGAUGCAACGCCGGGCCCGAUUCAAGAACGACAAACUGGCCCCCAUCAGAUCUCUGUGGGAUAUGUGGAGACAUCGCCUCCCUCUUCUGUUUAAUCCCGGCUCAGAAGUCACUAUCGAUGAGCAACUGCUUCCUUUUAAAGGGAGAUGCAGCUUCAAGCAGUAUAUGCCGAAGAAACCAGCUAAAUAUGGCAUAAAGAUCUGGACGGCUGCAGAUGUCUCCACGUCCUAUGCAUGGAAGGUCUCCAUUUACACGGGCAAGAGUGGAGAAGCGAGAGAGGUGGGCCAAGCGAGACGGGUCGUUUUGGAGUUGCUGGAGGACAUGACUGGGAUCACAGUGACCUGUGAUAAUUUCUUCACCUCCUACCAACUCGGCCAGGAGCUGCUGAGGAAAAAAGUCACCAUGGUUGGAACAAUCCGAAAAAACAAAGCUGAGCUCCCACCCCAACUCCUGAAUUUAAAAGGCCGAGAUGUCCUCUCCUCAGUCUUUGCGUUCACCAACAACACGACAGCGGUCAGCUACAUGCCCAAAAAGGGGAAGAAUGUGCUCCUCAUCAGCACCAAGCACAGACAGCCAGCAGUGGAAGAGGGCCCAAAGAAGAAACCAAAAAUGAUAACAGACUACAAUCGCUGCAAGGGGGCUGUAUAUACUCUGGACCAGGUAUGUUUCUUUUUUUUUUUUUCAAUUAGUUGUAAGAGAUGAAUUUAGAAGAUGUAUUUUGUGGUCUGAUAAUAUUUGCAUGAUUAUAUUCACCGUCAUGUGAGGCAUUAGAAAAAAGAAUCAUUGGGAACUCUUUUGUGAUUUAUUUCUUGUUAUUUUAUCUUUACAGCUCGUCCACAACUUCAGCUGCCAGAGGAGAAGCAGGCGGUGGCCACUGACUUUGUUUUUUAACAUGCUGGACAUUUCAGCUUUUAAUGCAUACGUCAUCUACACCCAUGUGGAUCCCUCCUGGAAUGAGGGAAAGCAAGCCAGGAGGAGGCUUUUCCUUCACGACCUGGCAAGUGUUUUGACAGCCCCUGAGAUAAUGAGGAGACAAACCGUGCCUCGUACACCUCAAUCUUUGGCCCUUGUGAAAGAGAUGCAGGCUACUGCACAUGGCUCUGCCGCUUUCCAGGCAGCGCACAGAGAGGAAGAGCUACCCCGCAACCUCCCUGAAGUGAAGAGGAAAACAUGCAAGAGGUGCACAAACAGAACCAUCGGCACUUGUGUGAGCUGCGGGCAUCCGAUUUGCAAACAACACAGAGCACCGAUCUCCUGCCAGUCCUGCAACCAAAAAUGA